UUAAUUUUUAUUGUACAGAAAUCCCGCCUUUGAACGAAGCGUUCUGCAUGAAUCACAGUAUGUGCGUUCCGUUUUAUGAGUGAAUACAGUGCCAGUGAAAUGUGCGACGAAGCGGAGCUAUCUCAUCGAGAAGCCAUGGCCAACAUUUUCAAGAGCAUUUCGGACAUUCUGGCCCGUGAUCCACUGCUAAGGAAUAUCGGCAUUCCAGCAGAACAAUUGACGAGCGAGGAAGUGGAGUCUCUCAUCGCACUGGAGCGAGGUCAAGCGAUGCGCAUCACUGUCGAACGAGCUGAUAAUACUUCGUUCCGUGUGAUCGUGCGAGAAAAUGCUCACGUCGCUGAUUUGAAACGCGCGAUCAAGCGAUUUGUUAAUUUAGAACAGACUCGGAAGAACGGAAGGCCGCCGUCUUUGAGCUGGAAACAUGUUUGGAGAGUUAACUGGAUAUGUUUCGACAAGGUUCGUCUGAAGAACAACCACGAUAAGCUCAAGGACUUGGGCAUUGUGAACCGGAGUCAUGUUGACCCUUUUGUUUCGAGUUUGAAUUUUUGUUUUGUGCUUGGCACACGGUCGGUGUGCCGACGAGAGUGUUCCGUUUCGUUACUCCGCAAAGUUUUUGCGAUGGAUGCUGUUUCUGUUGUUGAAAAUGUUGCCGUAGUGCUUACAGUGGCUACUUUUUUCAUGGGCGUACCGACGGCGCUCAAUAUUUUGGAGAAGAAACGUGCGGAUCCCGGGGAAAUUAUUGGCUUUACGAUCGGCAUUGCGCAGUCGAUUGCUUGGGGACAUGUUGGCUAUUGGGCACAAAGCUACUUCGUGACUCUUCAGACCUUCGGCUUUCUCAUCAACGGAACGUGUAUGCUCAUUUACUUCAUCUACGCAGUGGACAAGUCCAUAGUUGUCAAGCAUACAGCCUCUUUGCUGGCAAUGCACCUGGGAUUGACAUAUUUUGCCUUGAAUAUUGCUCCGUCUGCGGAAUGGGCCUUUGGAGGUAUACUCGCAUUUGCGAUGGUACUCAACGCUGUGUGCACUGGAAUGCCUUUACUUUCGAUCAAUGAAGUCAAGCGCCAUCGAUGCACUUACCCUAUGGGCAUGAAUUUGAGGAACAGCAUAUUGCUUCUGUUAUUGACCUUUGCGUGGGGACUACACGGUUUCCUUUCGGGAGAUCUUGGAUCAUUUAUAUUCAACAUCUUCAUGACCAGUGCAUGGGCUGUUAUGGUGUACUACAACCUGAUAUUUCCGUUUGAACCUCCAUCUGGUUUGAAAAAGAAAGUCCCAGGGUUUACUCUCAAACGAGUUGCAACCAGUAUCAAGGACUUUGGAGACAAGAUGUCGAAUUUUACAUUGGAGGACUUUGGGGGCUUCGGGGAAGAGAAGAAUGAUUGAAACGGUGCCUUUACGUUGGGGAUUUUCUUUUUUCGUUGGUUCUCACGUGCGGAAGCUGACUCCGUAAAUUGUUAUGUUUGCCGCAAAAUGUUGAUUGGUAAAUGAGUGGUGAUGAUGAGUGAUCCAUUGACAGCUAUGACGACGUGAGCGGUUGUUUCCCGGUAAUCAGAUGUCUUUCAUCGAUAGUCGGAGGCUUGCCGCUAUUUUAGGUGAAUAUUUUCGUGGUAUUUUGCGAAUGGAAUUCGCCAAGGUGUCGGAAAUCCAAUAGCUAUUUGCAUCGGAGUCUCGUCAAUAUUUUUCUUGCCAAAUGCACUCGAUGGAACUUUGAAGCUAUUUUCCGCCCGGAAAGAUAUAUCAGUUGCUUUUUUGUUGGUGUUUAUAAACAGAAAA